UGGGCCCGGGUGGGUCUGCCGGCUCUCGGCUCUCGGCUCUGGGGGAGGGGAUUACGAGGAUGGGAGCCUGCCAGAGCUGAGCGGUGAAAUGUCACUGUCAAUGGGGCUCGGUGCUGGGACCACCCCCCACACCUCGAUCACUGUGGGUUUCCCUCUCCCCACACAGACACCUUAUUCACUGUGAGAGUCCCUGUCGCCUUAAUCACUGUGUAGGUCCCCUUCCCCACUCCCUAGGCGGCGGAAUCUGCUCCCUACAUUGCUGUGUGGGGCCACUCUCCCCACGUUUAAUUCAUUUUGCUCCUUUUCACGAGAUGUAGAGAUGUUUCACUUACUGAGUUUUUAUUUCGUACAGUCUUAACUGAGUUGUGAAAAAUUCCAUGGAUUACUAGGAGAAGAAACAUUGGUACCUGUGUAGUUCAGUAAAGGAAACGGUGUUCCACCUUGCUAAAUUGAUUUCCUUUUUUAAAACUAUUGGCUACCGAGUACAUGUGCUAUUUUGAUUCAUAAAGCCCCAGUUUUACCAGACAAAGCACUGGAGGGGGUCGAUGGCUAAGGGACCAUCCAUGAAGGAAAUGGACUGUUGAUCUUUUUUUUGGGUGUAGAACAAGUUUCCCUCCACAGCUGCUGCUAUCUUACUGACUGAAUUCCUCCAGUGCUUUGUAUAUUGCUCCUGAUCACAGCAUCUGUAGUCUAUGUGCUGUUGGUUCACUGUUAAAUUCGGAGGCCUUUGUAGGUCGGGGUCGACCAUGGUUGUUGUGUCUGAGCUGUGUACCUGAUACACAAGCCUGGGCAGUACGAUGGGGAGAGCAAGCUCCCCCCUCUCACAUCUGAUGAACCCAAAGGAACGGCAGAGACUGAUACAAUUUGGCACCAGCAGUGUUACCGGAUACCUGCCUUUACUCCUUCUACUGUCAGUAGGAGCAGUUUGGCUGGGCUUAGCUACACUACACGUGAAGGCCAGGAGCUGGAAUUGGUUGUCAGAGGCUAGUUGACAGUUAAGUAGGGACAAUCAUACAACAGGGAAGCAGGACCAGCACAGAGACUUCACUCUGACCAUCAACUAUCCAUCUGCACCAAUCCUGUUAUACUCUCACCAUCAACCCCUCCCCUACAAAAUAAGUUGCAAUUUGUGAGAACUGAUUGUCCUCGCAUGUUGCUGAGAUAGAGAGGAAACCUAUGCAGUCACACACAGGGAGAGCAUGCAAACUCCACACAGACAGCACUGAAGGUCAGUGUGGCUAGGCUCUGGUGAGGCACAGUACCGAUUAGAAGCACUGGGAUUCAUCUGGAUAAUUGUCUUUCAACCAGCUGAAAUGUAAUGAGUGAAAUGGCCUGCUUUUGUGUCAUGAAAUCUCCACUAAGCUAUGCUAGAGGUUAUAUUUACCUUGGAUUUCCUUGCAGUAAUUUCAGUGAAAAACUACACGCAUUCCAGGUUCAGUGUCUGUGAUGAGAAACCAUUAGAGCCAAACUGUAUCAGCCUCUGCUGUUCCUUUAGGUUCAGUAGCUGCAUGCAGAGGGGGUGCUUGCUGCAUGAACAACAGCUUGCUCUCCAUAUGGUGCUACCCUGGCUUGUGUAUCAGACAGCUGGGAAGCAACAUCCAUGGUUGACCCCGACCGACAGGGCCUCAACCAUUAUUGCCCUAGACCUGAGGAUAGAUUUGGGAGUUAGUCCUCCCAGGACUCUGAUCAUUGUUGAAUGGCUUGUGCUCUCCAAAGGAGCUGUAAACAUAUUUACUGGGUUUGCCCGUGAUACUAACCCCGAAGGAAUAAUCUGCUUGUUUAUAAAGAUUAAUGCUUGGGGAUAAUUGCAAAACCCUGACAAUUUUAUCGAGAACAAAUCCCGUUAAGCAGUUGACUGCUUUAGAACUGGAAGAACAAGCGGUAAUCAGACCCAGCGUUCCUUCAAUCACAAAUCCAGCAGUUUAUCUCUGUCCUUAGUGAUGGCAUGCACAAUCGAGAAGGUGCUAGCUGAUGCAAAGGUCUUGGUUGAGCGACUAAAGGACCAUCAUAGUGCAGCAGAGUCCCUCAUCGAACAGACCACUACACUCAACAAACGGGUGGAGAAUAUGAAGGAAGUUGGGACAGGAAUCUCAGAUCGGAACCAGGAGGAUUUUGCGAAGGUGAAGAAGUUGAGCACUUACAAACCAUAUGCCCUCUGUCAGGAGAACACACAGAUACGGGAUCUGCAGCAAGAAAAUAAAGAACUAUGGCUUUCCCUGGAAGAGCAUCGCUAUGCUUUGGAGCUCAUUAUGAGUAAAUACAGGAAGCAGAUGUUACAACUUCUCGCAGCGAAGAAGCCAGAUAGUACACCAAUUACCAACUUGUAUCAGAAGCAUUCCCAGGAGCUGCAAACUCGUGUAGAACAGAUCUGUGCCAUGGCCACAGUGAUGAGGAAAGCUGUUCAAGUGGAUGAUCCCGAAUGCGGCCAAAUUCAAGAGAAGAUAGCCCAGCUGGAGCUUGAAAAUAAAGAAUUGCGGGAGCUUGUGUCAUUCAGUAAGGAAAUAUCUCUUCGGGAGGAUGAUGUUCAACCUCUUCACUGUGGAAAGUAACUACGGUGCUGGAUCGUCCCUGAAAUAGGCCUACAGAAGACCUGCAUAAGGCACUGAAGAAUUAAUGCUGUCGAUGUGUUAUCGGAUAUGGGUCAGCACCUUCAGAAGAGAAGGUAGAAAAUGUGUUUACAGCAAAACAUCAACAGACCUAGUGCCGUGUUUCCUCAGUGCCUAGUACAGUAAUAAGCAGAUUAUUUACAGCACCCCACUGCUGGUAAAUCAUUUAGUAUUUACAGAAACAAAGUUGGACUUUCACCCCAGCUGAUGCUCUGGCAACACAUUAGUGAAUCCUGCUACUUCUCUUCCGUGUUUCUUCCUUCCGUUAAUGCAAGUGUAAAAUUGUGGCUAAAAGGAUAGUCACUGAGUUCCGGAUAUCUUAUAUCGUCCACAUCUGCUGUUAUACAAAAUACUGAGAGAAUGCUGUGAAGGGAAGAGAUGGCGCUGGUCAGAUGGGGAGGGGGGUGGGGAGGCAUUGCUUGUCUUUUACAUUUCUCAAAUAGCUGCCUAAGAGUCUAGGCUUUGAGUAAUGGAAACUCUCGUACAUCUCAUUUAGAAGCUUCGGAAACUUUAAUUUGCUUGGCCAAGGCCUACUGUUUAUAAAUGCCCAAAUAAAUUUUCUUAUUGUAUUUUUUAAACAACUGUCCAAGAUGUAUAUUGUUUUGUGUGUUUGUAUUGAAUGUUACUCAGAUAGGCCCUCCAUUGUUUGGGAUCAACCAUGGUUGUUGCUUCCUAGUUGUUUAUAUUGUCAGUCGAUAUGCGCGCCAGGACAGUGUGAUAGGGGGAGCAAGCUGUUGCCCAUGUAACAGGCUCCCCCUCUCCAAGCAGCUGAUGAACCAAAGGAACGACAGAGAUCAGAAUCAGGUUUUUUAUCACCAACAUGUGACGUGAAACUUGUUAACUUAGCAGCAG